ACUGCGUAGCUGGUUCUCCCCCGGCAACACGCCUUUGUCACAACCUAUUUUCCACGCGCCUAGCUAAGCUGUCACGAACUUUUCUUAUCACAGGCUUUCAAGCUGCACGACAUAUUCACUAAUCAGCAACUCUCUCCUCGCUUGGGAGCAUCUCCUUCCCAUAGUGCUUUCUGCAUGUCGCGCUAAAGUGUAUAACAGUUUCCGUUCCUCCUGGCUGCCGCUAUGACUGGAAACAUUGGUCGGCAGACCUUUCUGGUGAUCCCGCAUCCUAGAUAGCUUUGGACACUGCGACGGGGCUGAGUGGCUAAUAUCUUCAAACGGGAGCGUAGGUUCGAGGCAUAUAUAUAUCGAAGGCUUGUUAUGAGCGCUUACCUGGAAGGCUUCAUAAUACUGGUAGCAGUUUUGGCACUGUGUCUGCGACCGAGUCUCUGCGGAGGCUCAGUAUAUGGCAGCCAUCACCUCGGCACCGGCACUGACACACAGGAAAUAUUAACAAAUGAUCGCAGCCUCGCCAAGACGACUGUUAAGGUAUUUCAAGCGUCGAAGCACGAUCUCAAUCACGAGAAAGAAGGGCGUUCUCGUACCAAACGGUUUGCUCCUAUACAGUGGAUCUACGAGGGAUUCAAGUCGCAACUCAUCAAGAAGGCCAGACGCCUUAAGCGACGUCUCGGCUCGCGUGGGCUCUGCUACCGUGUCCUCGGCUGCUUCAAGCUGCGGGACAGGAUGAGGCUUCCGUCCGGCUUCCCCCAGCGGCCGCAGAGCAUUGGCGCUCGGUUCUCGCUCUACUGCGCGCCGGACUUUCGCCGAAGGACCGUCAUCAAGGCCGCCCAUUACUCGGCACAGAGCCUAGACGGCUGUGUGAAAGUCGGGCAUCGGCCACUGGUCGUCAUCGUCCACGGCUUCACCGAGAGCGCAGCUGCCUCGUGGGUCAAGCACAUGACGAGAGUCCUGCUCAAAGUGAUCGACGCCAACGUUCUAGUGGUGGACUGGCGCCGAGGCGCCGCCGCACCCGUGUACUCUGUUGCCGCUGCCAACACGCCUGCAGUGGGCGCUGAGCUCUCGGUGGUGCUGCAGCAGCUGAUGCGGGGUGACACCAGCCUCGUGCCCCAUAAUGUCCACAUUAUAGGCUUCAGCCUGGGCGCUCACGUGGCCGGUUUCUGCGGCAGGCACUUCCUGAUGCACACGGGCAAGAGGAUCGGACGCAUUACGGCACUCGAUCCGGCUGGUCCUCUCUUCGAAGGCACUAACGUAUCGGUGUCCAGGGGUGACGCCGAAUUUGUGGAUGUCAUCCACACGAACAUGGGCCUCUUAGACAAGUUGAAAUUCGGUCUUGCUGCAUCGGUGGGUGACGUGGACUUCUUCCCGAAUGGGGGAUCGAUACAGCCCGGAUGCUAUCGACUGGGUUGCAGUCACAGAAGAGCGUAUGCUCUCAUGAUCGAGUCCAUGACCAACCACCACUGCAUCUUCGUGUCACGUCCCGGCCGCGACAAAGGCGGUCGAAACAUAAGAGGGCUUCACUUCAACUCGCGCUCGCUGCAGCAAAACGACGUCUCUAGCCGAGGAGCCAUGGGAUACGACAGCAUCACUGCCAAGGGCCGUGGCAGUCAGUACGUCGAGACCAGGAGCAAACCGCCUUUUUGUAUUCCUUAACGUCACUUUAAUACGGCUUGGCAUUUGAAAGACACAAAUAUCAUGGUGCUAUGCAAAAACGCAAGAGGAGAGCGAGCUCGGCGAACAAUGACAGAAGACCAAUUUCAUCUUUCAUGACAAUACGAUUGUCCGGAAAGCAGAAGGUACAAUAGCGGAACGAGUUUUGUCCAGGAACCACCAACCUGAAUCGCUAAUAGGAGGCGAGGAAGAAGAGAUGGCCAAUUCACAACUAUUCAUGUUAUCGCUGAACUUGAAUAAAAAAAA